AUGAGCUCAAACUUUCGUACUUCUCGUGUCAUGAUCGAGUCGUCUUCGGAUGAAUCCGAUUCCGAUGAAAAGGUAAGCGCGAUGCUUUCUCUAGGUAUCGAGUCGUCAUCUAGACAGUGAUUCGCAGGAGCCACUGACGUCCAGACUCAGCAAAAAGACUGACUCGGAGGAGUCGACCUUCGACAUGUCAAUGCGUUCGGUCAAAUCGGAUAUAAGCUCGGAUGCUCCCAAUACGAUCGCCAGUUUCGCCACAUCUACUCCUUUCUCCAAAUCGAGUGCUUCUUCUCGCCUCAACCCGUCGUACGGAAGCUCGAAAAGCUCGUCGAACGGCCAUGACAGAAGCCGCAGUUUCCACGAGCAGAAUGAGGACAAGCCAUUGACUCCGAUCUCGAAGAAGCUCGCCGAUUCGAGCGAUCCAAGGUCGAGGCAGCAGCUGCGUGAGCGCCUUUUGAGAAAGAACUUGAAGCAGAACAGUGAGGGUGGCUCUCCUCGCGCCAAAAGCACUGGCGGAUGGGGUGGCGGCGCGGAUUCAAACUCUCCGGAGGCUAGCGAUCUCUUCACUGCCACACUCUCUCCGAUUGCGAAAGCAGUUCCAAGGCGUCCGAAUUUCGAGUCUGACGAUUCUUCUGUAAGCUAAUCUUCAUUAUAAUUUUUAGAGAACAGCAAGCAUUCCUUUUUCAGGACGACAUUCCAAAGAAUACCGCAUCAACCGCACUGCAUCAUCGGGAUGCCAGUGGUGCACCCGGAACAUAUGGGACGCCAGCAGAUGUCAAAGCGAAGAAGCCUAUCAACCUUGACGACAGCGACAUCAUUGAUGUGACCCCGGACAAGAAAGAAGUCGUGAAGAACCCGCCAACUGCGAUCGACCUCGAUGACAGCGAUAUCAUCGCUGUGACUCCGGAGGAGCCGUCUUCUCUGAGCAGGGCAGAUCUCGCAAAAAUGAGCUACAAGGAUUUGCUGGCAAAAAAAAAUCAAGUGAUGGCCUUGUUCGAACACGCGCAGAACUUUCCGGACAAUGGUGCUCGCAUUCAUCGUCAGUUCCAAGAGAUCGACGACGAAAUCGAGCAAAGAAAGGACAGAGGACUGGACAAAAACGACAGCGAUGACGACGUCAUUCAACUCGAUGAACCGGCGCGUCGUGUCCUUCCGAAAAUGCCGUCCGGGUCGGUAAUGACGAAGAACGGACUGCUCCCUCCGAAGCAUCUGAUCGACUUGCCACCGCCGCAGCAAGAUUUGAAUGCGUUGGUGGGCAGGGACGAUAAGAAGCUGAUGAGCGGAAAGAUGACGCAUGAGAAGUACAAACAAGUGCAUCUCAUUUCGGACCGCGUCAUGCAGCAAUUGGUCGAGUGAGUUGAACUGAAGCAGUUUUGCAAAAAUCGAUGUACUUUUUUCAGUGCGUCUCACACGAUACCAGCUGAAACGGAGCUGACGGAGACUCCCGAUGGCUUCAGGAUCGAGCUGCUGCCUCAUCAGAAAGGGGGUCUCACGUGGAUGCUCUGGAGAGAAACGCAGCCACAGGCGGGAGGAAUUCUGGCCGACGACAUGGGUCUCGGAAAGACUCUCUCGAUGAUUUCGCUGAUCGCUCACCAGAAGAACGUCCGUAAGGCUCGUAAAGAAGCGGGAGAAGAUGAAACGGACAAGGAAAAGAGAAAGGUGGCGAAAGAGCAAGGACUGGUGCCCUCGAACGGAACUCUCGUCGUCGCACCGGCCAGUCUCAUCCAUCAAUGGGAAGCCGAGAUCACUCGUCGACUGGAGGAAGACACGCUCUCCGUCUACAUGUUCCACGGUUCCAAGAAGCAGAGAAGUAUCGACGCAAGACGCCUCGCUCGCUACGACGUCGUCAUCACAACGUACACGCUUGUGGCCAACGAGCUGAUCGAAAAGAUCACGACAAAGUCGAAGGCAGACGAGUCGGACGAGGAUUCCGAUGAAAGUAGAAGGGGAAUCAGAAGAACCGUCGCGAAGGACGACUCGGUGCUCGCGCAGAUCUGCUGGGCGCGUGUCAUUCUCGACGAGGCGCACGCCAUCAAAAAUCGGCUGACUCAGUGCUCGAAGGCGGUGUGCCGACUCUCCUGCUACGCCCGUUGGUGCCUUUCCGGAACUCCGAUCCACAACAACCUCUGGGAUCUGUACAGUCUCAUCCGAUUCCUGCGUGUUCCGCCGUUCAGCGACGACAAGUACUGGAAGGAGUCGAUCAUGCCGAUGAAGUCGAUUAUGACGGAGCGCGUGAAUCUGCUGACGAAAAAUUUUCUGCUCCGUCGUACCAAAGAGCAGACUUGUGCAAUCACCAACAAGAAACUCGUGCAACUGGCCGAGAGGACGGUGCACGAGCACGAUCUGGUGAUGGACGGAGAGGAAGCGCAGGCAUACGUGAUCAUGAUGGACGCUGCGCAUAAGUUGGUCAAGCAGAUCAUAACGCAGUCGGAUGACAUGAGGAACUACGGUCACAUCAGACAACGUCGUGGGAAGAACGGAGAGGAGAGCGAGAUGCAGAAUCCGUUCAAUUGUAAGCAAUAGUUCUCAUUGAUACGCAAUUCCAUUAUUUAAUUUCAGUCGGUCCACGCAAUCUGCAACUGAAUUCCAACUUCGAAAACAUGUCGUGCAUCCUUAUGCUUCUUCUCCGUCUCCGUCAAGCAUGUGUUCAUUUUCACAUCACCCGAGGUGGAAUGGAUUUGGACGCGUUCCAACUGAUCGGUGGCGACGAGACUCUCGACGUGGAUGUGAUCGGAGAGCUGCUCGAAAAGACGAUGACGUUGGGACAAGGUGGCGACAAAGAGGACGAGCAGAAGAAAGAGACGCCGCAAGGAUUGACACGCAUUUUCGAGCCGGAUUAUAUCAGCUGCAAGAUCAAGAAGACCCUGGAACUCGUCGAGAGUAUCAUGAAAAAGAAUGAGAAAGUGUAAGUGGCUUAACGGCGGCACGUUCCUUCGAAAUUUCUGUAUUUCAGCGUGAUCAUCUCGCAGUGGGUGUCCGUUCUCAAUCUGCUCGAGUCGCACAUUCGGCAGAGCGGAGUCGAGUACACGUCGAUCACGGGACAAGUGCUCGUCAAGGAUCGGCAGGAGAGAGUGGACAGCUUCAAUCGAGAGGGAGGCGGCGCCAAAGUGAUGUUGCUCUCGCUGACGGCCGGAGGAAUCGGACUCAACCUGACGGGCGGCAACCACUUGGUGAUGGUCGAUCUACACUGGAAUCCGGCGCUAGAGCAGCAGGCGUGCGACAGAAUCUACCGGAUGGGACAGAAGAGACCGGUGUUCAUCCACCGACUGGUGGCGAAGGGAACGAUCGAGCAGAGAGUCGUGCAGUUGCAGAAGGCGAAACUGCAGCUCGCUUCUUCGAUUCUCGACGGAACUGCAACGCGCAAGAUGAACAAGUUGACGAUGGCCGACAUCAAAAUGCUGUUCGGAAUCGAGUGA